AAAAGAGCCCAUAGAUGAGACCAACACCAAGUCUUCAGAUACAAGUUAGGCUACCCAAACAAAACGGUGACGUAUUGCACACUUUCCCCUUUUCUCUUUCCCCUUAACCCUAAUCAAGAACCAAUUCUACGCACAAGAAACCGAUUUCUCUCUCAAUUCCACACGAUUUUGUUGAUUGCAUUCUGUUGAUCGCAAUGGCCAAAAGCUCCUUCAAACUUGAACAUCCUCUCGAGAGGCGCCAAGCUGAAGCUGCUCGUAUCAGGGAGAAGUAUCCCGACAGAAUUCCGGUCAUUGUGGAGAAGGCUGAAAGAAGUGACAUACCUGACAUAGACAAGAAAAAAUAUUUGGUACCUGCUGAUCUCACUGUUGGACAGUUUGUCUAUGUGGUCAGAAAGAGGAUUAAGCUCAGUGCUGAGAAGGCUAUCUUUAUCUUUGUCAAGAACAUCCUUCCACCUACUGCUGCAAUGAUGUCUGCAAUUUAUGAGGAAAACAAAGAUGAAGAUGGCUUUCUGUACAUGACGUACAGUGGUGAGAACACAUUCGGAUUGCUCUGAAGAUGACUCUGAAGAUGACGUUUGGAAGACAUGAAGAAUCUAUUAUGUAAAUAUGGUUCUAAGAUGACGGACCGGAUGUGUACAUUCUUUCUUAUCAAUCAUGCACGCUUUGUUCAGUUUCGUAUCUUCCGAAACUUCUGUGAAUGGUUUUUAUAGUAUGUUACUAAUUAAGUGGUAUUAUGCAUGGAAUUGCCACUGGAUAUUGUCGUGUUCGUUGAUUAUCAAGUCUCUUGUUUGUAUGCA